AUGACACCAGAGCGCACCGCUGGCAGCCUCGAGCCGCUCGACAAACCAGACGCUGGCCAAUCAACGCCCGCACACCUCUUCGGCAGCAGAGGCGAGUUCGAGAGCCAGCUCCUCAAGCAAGAGCAAGAGCUCAGUCAAGAACAAGGUCGCUUGGAAGGCCUAGAACAACAGCUCAGCGACAUCAAGAGCAAGCAGAGUCAAGUCGCCGUGAAUGAGGAGCCUGAACGAGCUGAUGAGGUGGCGGCUUUGGCUUCGCAGCUAGAGAAGCGCAUCAGUCUAGCAGCCCCAAAUCAGCCGCAAGACAAGGUCCUCGAGAUCCAGCACGCCGUCCAAGACAAGCUAAGAGAGCUCUUCGUCGGUGAUGGCAACAUCAGCCAAAGGUUGCUCGAUAGGACUUUGGAAGACAAGACUGCGCUGUUGGAGAAGUUCAACGGAAUGGAAGGAGAUCUGGAAACCAUGAAAUCGGAACUCCGGGAAGAGAGCAAGACCAGGGCCAAAGUAGAAGCCGAGGAGAAGAGGUUGAACGAGGACCUCGAGGAGUUGAACAAGGACAUCGAGGAUGUACGAGAAGCGCGCAGAGCUACCGUCGCCAACCAGCGCACCGAAGACCUCAGCCAGGUCACCAACGACAUCAGCCAGGUCACCAACGACCUCAGCCAGCGCACCAGCGACCUCAUCGAGCGUACGAAAGAGCUCAACGAGUGCACAGAAAAGCUUAAUAACUGCAAGAUCGAGCUGCAGUCUUAUAGCAAUCAGAUCGAGGAGAUUAAGACGCGCACAGAGGACACCGAAGAACGCAUACGCAAACUCAACAUCAAGCUCGACGAGGUGAGACAAGCCACAUCUGAUGCCAGGGCCAAUGCCGAAGAGAUCGACCGGCAACGCAUUGUAGCUGAGAAGCAAGUUUCGUCUAAGGACGACGUCAUACUCAAGAUGCCGCAAGAGUUGGAGCAGGUACACAAGCAAACCGAGCUUUUGGAGAUGCAGACUGCCGCGAAGGAGAAGGAACUUCAGAAUUACAGGCAGCGCGAUUAG